UAUAUGCGGAACCAAUGUCCGUCGGCCAGUAGUACACCACGGACUUCACAAAACGGUUGCACCACCCUUUCCUCAUGCCGUUGGACUGCUGCAGGUUGUUGCUGUCAGACAGAAGUAUCAUUCAAGUUUACUUUAAUUCGUUUAGUGUCUACUUUUGACUUUUAAUCGCUAUAAAUUAUCGUUUCGCUCGUUAUUAAACUAGCGGUCAGCUGACAGCGGAAACAGCCGAUAGGUUAGCGGUUAGCUUGUUAGCAGAGCAUGCUACAGCACCGUUAGCUGUUUAUGUUGGCAGCUUUAAUAAUAACAACCGGUAAAUAAAAAUGGAUGUGGAGAAAGCCUGUGAAGGUGUGAUGGCGGAGGAAACUGUUGAGAAGAAGAGGGAUGUAGCUGUGAAGGGUCAAGCUGCCCUCAAACCACAAUUCCUAACCACCAAAGAAAAAUUUCAUGGGUUUGUAGACUCCGAGUGGAAGGGCGUAAAAGGAGAAAAGGCCAGUGAUAAUGACAAAGCUGAGGAGGCAAAGGAGGCCUCCGUAGAGGAACCUGACACAAAAAAGCCCAAAAUAGAGGACUCCGAGGAGAGGAAUAAAGGCGGUAAACCAGACGGUAAACGUAUCCGGGGACAGAAUAAGUCAAGGCCACACAAAAAGCCCACCACCUAUGAUGAAAAACGACUGUGUCUCUCAGUCAUUCAGGACAACAGGGAGUGCCCCUACGGAGACAAAUGCAACUUUCAUCACAGCGUGUCCGAGUACUUUGCCACUAAGCCCGCUGACAUCGGGGAGAGCUGCUACCUCUACGACACAUUUGGAAAGUGUGCUUACGGUCUCUCCUGCCGCUUCGCCAAGGCACACACUACACCUGACUUCAAAACCAUGGAGAACGCAGAGCUGAUUAAGGCCAACGAGGGCAGGACCGCGGUGAAGAACAGCCUGAGUAAAGACCUCCAGAAUCGUCUGAGGAAGCGUUCAGUGGCCUUCGAGAAGUCAGCAGAGUACCUCGAAACACUUCCAAACAACAAAGACAAAAGAGAACAGCAAAGCAAUGGUGAUACUGGUGCAGCUAAAGUAUCAGCAGAUCCAGCAGGAGGGGAGCAGCAUACGUCUACUGAAGCUGAAACAAAGGCCAGCCCAGAUAAACAGCCCCCAGUGAAGACUGUUGGCCCACUCACUGAUGAAGACGUCAUCAAGUUGCGCCCGUGUGAGAAGAAACAGGUGGACUUUCAAGACAAGCUCUACCUCGCUCCUCUAACAACUUGUGGAAAUCUGCCUUUCCGUCGUGUGUGCAAGCGCUUUGGAGCCGACAUCACCUGUGGGGAGAUGGCCAUGUGCACAAACCUGCUGCAGGGGCAGCAGUCGGAGUGGGCACUCCUGAAACGGCACGAAAGUGAAGAUAUUUUUGGCGUCCAGGUUGAGGGCUGCUUCCCCGACACCAUGACGAGGUGCGCAGAGCUCAUCAACGACAACGCCGAUGUCGACUUUGUGGACAUCAACUCCGGAUGCCCCAUUGACCUCGUCUACAAGAAGGGCGGAGGCUGCGGCUUGAUGACACGCACCAGAAAGUUUGAACAAAUCAUCAAGGGAAUGAACUAUGUCCUUGAUGUCCCUUUAACAGUCAAGAUCCGCACUGGUGUUCAGGAGAAGAGCAACAUGGCACACAAACUCAUCCCAGAGAUGAAGAAGUGGGGUGUCUCUCUGGUCACAUUGCAUGGCCGGUCCAGGGAGCAGCGCUACACUAAGCUGGCUGACUGGGACUAUAUCAACACCUGCUCCAAGCUGGCUAGUCCUGUCCCACUUUUUGGUAACGGAGACAUCCUGUCCUAUGAAGAUGCCAUGAAAGCGAGAGAGACUGGAGUUUCUGGUAUUAUGAUUGCAAGGGGUGCCCUCAUUAAGCCCUGGAUCUUCACUGAAAUAAAGGAGAGCAGACACUGGGACAUCUCGUCCAACGAGCGACUGGACGUCCUCAGGGAUUUCAGCAACUUCGGCCUGGAGCACUGGGGCUCCGACACCCGAGGCGUGGAGAAGACCCGCACCUUCAUGCUGGAGUGGCUCUCCUUCAUGUGCAGAUAUAUUCCAGUGGGCCUGUUGGAGCGGGUGCCUCAGAAGAUCAACGAAAGACCUCCGUACUACCUGGGCAGAAACUACCUGGAGUCACUGAUGGCCAGUCAACAUGUGGGGGACUGGGUCAGGAUUAGUGAAAUGCUACUCGGACCCGUACCAACGAAUUUCAACUUCUUGCCCAAACAUAAAGCCAACGCCUACAAAUGAUUUUCUCUUUGUCUGAACAUCCAGUCCUUUUGAUUUGUUUGUUUGCUUUUAUUGGCUCUAGAGAAAAUGAUUUAAAGAAAGAUAAUCUAUUGUUUUAAAUAAUAAAGACUAUUGAGUAGUCUGUUUAUUUGACCUGUGGUGCCGUAGCAGAAUACAUGUUUGUGUACUUGAACUAUAUGCAAUAAAGUCUUUUGCCACACUAA